AUGCAACUAAAAAAAAGGCCCCAAUCUCACCUCCGCAACGAUCUUCAUCCACCACACUGGGUUCCACUUCCCACAUCAUCAUCAUCCUCCUCUUUGGCAACCACAAGUCCAACCUCCCAAAUCCUUCACCAUUACAAACCCACCUUCAAAGCCUUCAACGACAGCCGGGAGAACAUCAUCAACCGGCUUGUGGAUUGCGUCCACAAGCUCGAAGAAUUCCCCAAGCGGUUCGACGAGGUUGCCGCCGGCAUGCAACUUGCCGCAAAAAUACUCGAAACCAAUGUCAAGGGCAACGGUAAGUUCGAGGCCUCCCGAGAAGAUAGCGACGUGCCGGCUCGGUUCGAAACUCGCUGUGAUUUACUUCGAGAUGCUAUCGACUGGCAGGGCUCAUUGCUUGGUGGUCGCUCCCACCUUGUCGGCCACACCCGUGACGAUAGUUAUGCCGAGUUGAUGGAGAACUCUGCGGCCUCACGGGUAGCUCAAUCUGUGAAUCGUCAGCCUUUGGGACAUAUUGUCGAUGAGGAUAGGCUUAAGGAGAUUGAGAAGACUUUCAACAUGUUGAAUCAGCCGUUUCCUAACUGCAGCUGCAUCCAGUGCACUAAGCGCCGGAGCUCUUAA